AUGAAAGGUUUCGCGCUCGUUAUACUGUGCGCUGUCGUGACUCAGCUUGCAGUUGCUCAGGAGCCCUACUGUGGACCGGACGACGAUUUUUUUGCCGCGGCCCCGGAUUGUGCCUGGUUCUACGCGUGUCGCAAUGGCAUUGUGGAGCUUCUCCCAUGCCCAUCGGGUACCCUGUGGAACCAAAAUAUUGACCGGUGUGAUGCGGAAGCGAACGUUGUUUGCCCGGGUGAGGCAACUCCUGCGCCACCACCGUCUCCGACACCGGCACCAACCGUACCGGGCCCGGUUACCACCAGCGACCCAUCGGCAACUUCACCUCCGGUCACUUUUAUGCCCGACGUGGAAGGAGCUCUGCCAAUCCUUUUCCCUCCGUCGGAGUGUCCGUCCGGGAUAAAGGCGUUCCUGGUCCACGAAUCCAACUGCAGACGGUAUUUCUAUUGUUUGUACGGGAUGAGGCACGCGCAGGUCUGUCCGUUUAUGCACAAGUUUGACUUCAUGCGAGGCCACUGUGUCCCCGAGGAUGAUGCAGCGCUCAGGUGCUUCGCCGACAUUGACUAA